UUUUCCCUCCCUCUGGAAAAACUUUCCUUAUAUUCUCUCUCUUUCUUUGCUCCAUUGAUAGGGUUUAUUUUUCACUUUCUUUCUUCAAUUUCUAGUAGGAAGUUCAAGUAAUGCCAGACUUAGGCAAUAUCUCUGUAUCUCUUAGUCGCUGUUCUACUGUCAAGCCUCUCUCUCCUUCUCCUACGGACACUCAAUUAGAUUCAACGUCUCCUUCUAUUUGUUCUGGUUCAGUCAAAACCCUAGCCAAAGACUAUAAUUGGGACCAGAAAAUUCGAUUUCCUGUCGAGGUUACUUGCAAUGGCAAAUCAAUUAGGGUUUUGAAGCGCAGCCGUGCUGGGGGUGGAGCAGUUAAAAAAGGAGGUAAUGGUAAAUGUUUGGACGAUUAUGUUGGGGAUUGGGUUAAGAAGAAGAUGGAUUCGGGUGUCUCUCAGUCUCGCUGCUUCCUUCCUUUCCUUGUUGGCUCAAAGAAAAUUGUUGAAUGUCUUCUUUGCCAUAACUUUAUCUUCCCCGGUGACAAGGUAACAUGCACUGUCCAUAAUUGUGAGGGAGUUUACCACUUAACAUGUGUGAAGGACAGGCUUCACGUCUCAAAUCCAAGAAAAUUUAAGUGUCCACAGCAUGCAUGCUUCAUUUGCAAACAAAAAUUUCAUUGGCGAUGUGUGCGAUGUUCAAUGGCAUCACAUGAUAAAUGCGGUCCAUGGCCAGAUAGAGUUAUUCAUUUGAUAGAUCAACAAGGAAGAGCAGUGUGUUGGAGGCAUCCAACUAAUUGGCGGUUAGAUAAGAAGAAUAUCAUUCCAGCAAGUAAUAUAGAGGACGUAUUUUGCCGCUUGCCUCUACCAUAUACUGAUGAAGAAUUCAAGAUUGACUUAACUUGGAAAGCCCUGAUGGAGAAUAAACUAGAGCCCCCACCAUAUGUGCACAUCAGACGCAAUGUGUAUCUAGUUAAGAAGAAGCGUGAUGUUGCUGAUAAUGAUGUGGGCUGCACAAAUUGCAGUUCUACAUGCUGUGAAGAUUGUGUAUGCAGGGUUCAAUGUAUAAGCUGCUCGAGGGCUUGCCAUUGCUCUGAAAAUUGCACAAACAGGCCAUUUCGCAAGGAGAAAAAGCUAAAAAUUGUUAAGACUGAAUUUUGUGGUUGGGGAGUGGAGGCAGCUGAAUCCAUAAACAGGGGCGAAUUUAUAAUUGAGUAUAUUGGGGAAGUGAUUGAUGAUGCACUGUGUGAACAAAGGCUUUGGGACAUGAAAUACAAAGGUGUACAGAACUUUUACAUGUGCGAAAUUCGAAAAGACUUCACUAUUGAUGCAACAUUUAAGGGGAAUUCGUCUCGCUUUCUAAAUCACAGUUGUGAUCCCAACUGCUUCUUGGAAAAGUGGCAGGUUGAGGGAGAGACACGAGUAGGUGUGUUUGCUGCUCGUUCAAUAAAAGUUGGGGAAUCAUUGACGUAUGAUUACAGAUUUGUGCAAUUUGGACCAGAGGUGAAGUGCCAUUGUGGUGCACGAAACUGUCAUGGUUAUCUUGGAACAAAAAGAAAGAUUGCUAAGUUGAACAUUUGCUGGGGCGCAAAACGCAGGAGAUCAUCAACUGCUUGCUUAGCUAUUGUAACUGUAUAAUUCAUAUCUGCAGGAUCAGUCUUGUACAUUUUUCCGAUAAUCAAGUACCGUAUCGACGAAGUGGAUGUGAAAACUACAGAGAAAGAAAAGAAAACCUCAUUGCCAUUGUUAUACCAUUCUUCAAGCUUAAAAGUGAAAAAAAAUAUUAAGUUUUCCAUGUUAACUUUUGCUAAUAGGCAUUCAAGUGAAAAGUAAGAGUGCAUGUAAUUGAUUUUUCUCCAAGUGGGGUUACCAAGUUGUAGUUCACACAUUUUUUGAGGGUAACGCGGGUCACAGGAUUUGGAAGAUUUGAAGAUUGGGUUUAAAAUCUUUGAUCUUCUCAUUCGCGUUCUUAUUUUUAUUGUAUUUUUAAGUUUUAACUAUGCAAUGAAGCUUAUCAUCUGAUAUCCGACAAA